UCCAGCCUGUAACGUGCUUUACAUCAACUCCAUUGACAUGGAAUCCCUGACGGGCCCCCAGGCCGUGGCCAAGGCCAUAUCUGAGACGCUGGCUACCAACGCUCCGCCUCCUGCCACCAUCGUGCACUUCAAGGUGUCGUCCCAAGGCAUCACCCUGACCGACAACCACAGGAAGCUUUUCUUCCGUCGUCACUACCCGAGCAACACUGUCACCUUCUGUGAUACAGAUCCUCAGGACAGAAAGUGGACCAAACCUGAGGGAGGAACAGCAAAGUUGUUUGGGUUCGUUGCACGAAAGCAGGGAAGUACGACGGACAACGUGAGCCACCUGUUCGCAGAAAUGGACCCGGAACAACCCGCUAACGCCAUCGUCAACUUUGUUUCCAAGAUGAUUGUGUCCCAGAGGAGAUGAGUCCAGUCUGAAGCCCUGGUCCUGUUGAAGCCCUGGUCCUGUUGAAGCCCUGGUCCUGUUGAAGCCCUGGUCCUGUUGAAGCCCUUCAGUUCAUUUCUUCUGUUUGGGACCGUUUCAUCUUUGUUUUCUGAUCGUAUUUCCUGCUCUUUUAAAUUCCUGUAAAUGUACCUGAGUUUGUGUUUUUCCAGUUGAAGGUGAGGACAGUCUGUGGGUCUGGUUUUGGGUCUUGGGUGGAUUCUUUAGUGGGACAGAGGAAGUGUUGGAGGGAUGGUGGUUUAGUAUUGGAUGGGGACAGGACACUUGCUGUGUUUUCCUGUUGGGGUCAAAGGGGGGUCAUAUUUGGAUAGGUCACCCAAAGACUGUAACUGUAGUGAAGGUGAAGGUGGUGCCACUGUCAGAAGGUCCCAGUGUUGGUCAGAAGGUCCCAGUGUUGGUCAGAAGGUCCCAGUGGUGGUCUGAUGGUCCCAGUGUUGGUCAGAAGGUCCCAGUGUUGGUCUGAAGGUCUCAGUGGUGGUCUGAAGGUCCCAGUGUUGGUCAGAAGGUCCCAGUGUUGGUCAGAAGGUCCCAGUGUUGGUCUGAAAGUCUCAGUGGUGGUCUGAAGGUCCCAGUGUU